CCAGCUACUGGCUCGCGCGGCGCCACCUCCAGCGCUCCGCCGGCAGCGGUCGUUGGCAGCGCUCUCGGGAGGCACGGACUCGGCCGGACGCCGGUGCCGCCGACCCCAGCGCGGGUCGCGUCUCCUCGCCAUGGGCCCCCUCUCGGCGCGGCUGAUCAUGCAGCGGGGACGUCCCAAGAGCGACCGGCUGGGGAAAAUCCGGAGCCUGGACUUGUCCGGACUGAAGCUGCUCUCGGAGCACUUGGACCCCAAGCUCCUGAGCCGCCUGACGCAGCUGCAAGAGUUGGACCUCUCCAACAACCAGCUGGAGACGCUGCCGGCCAACCUGGGCCUGUCCCACCUGCGCAUCCUCCGCUGCGCCAACAACCAGCUGGGGGACGUCACCGCCUUGUGCCAGUUCCCAAAGCUCGAGGAGCUGAGCCUGGAGGGCAACCCCUUCCUGACGGUCAGUGACAACCUGAAAGUCUCCUUUCUCCUGCCCAGCCUCCGUAAGGUCAAUGGCAAGGAUGCCUCCUCCACUUCCUCUCAGGUGGAGAACCUGAACCGGGAGCUGACCAGCAGGGUCACCGCUCACUGGGAGAAGUUCAUGGCCGCGCAGAGCCCAGAGGAGGAGGCAGAGAAGGCCCAAGCUGACUUUGUGAAGUCGGCAGUCAGGAACGUCCGCUACGGGCCAGAGUCCCUCAGCGAGUUCACCCAGUGGCGGGUUCAGAUGAUUUCUGAGGCACUGGUGGCUUCAGGUGGGACCCAGGUGCAUGAGACAGGCAUACCAGAGAGCCCUCCAAAAGCCACAGCCACCCAGGAGCCCAGGGGGGCCUUGAAACGGUUGGGUGACACCUCACUCAGCCUGUCUCCCACCAAGCGGGUGUGCACCUCCUCACCGGCCCACGUGGAGGGCCCCCCCACGGGCGCCGAUGGCAGCCAGCCAGCCCUGGACCUGGAGCCCCUGCACUUCCUACAGUGUCACAGCAAGAACAACAGCCCGCAGGACCUGGAGACCCAGCUCUGGGCCUGCGCCUUCGAGCCAGCCUGGGAGGAGGGGCAGGCAGGGGCCACCUCACAGACUGUGGCCACAUGUGGCGGUGAGGCUGUGUGUGUGAUAGACUGCCAGACGGGCAUCGUGCUGCACAAGUACAAGGCACCUGGCGAGGAGUUCUUCUCAGUGGCCUGGACGGCCCUGACAGUGGUCACACAGGCAGGCCACAAGAAGCGCUGGAGUGUGCUGGCGGCUGCAGGCCUGCGGGGCCUGGUCCGGCUGCUGCACGUGCGCGCUGGCUUCUGCUGCGGGGUCAUCCGGGCCCACAAGAAGGCCAUCGCCACCCUCUGCUUCAGCCCCACCCACGAGACCCAGCUCUUCACGGCCUCCUAUGACAAGCGGAUCAUCCUCUGGGACAUCGGGGUGCCCAACCACGAUUAUGAAUUCCAGGCCAGCCAGCUGCUCACACUCGAUACCGCCUCCGUCCCCCUGCGCCUCUGCCCUGUGGCGUCCUGCCCGGACGCCUACCUCCUGGCCGGCUGCGAGGGCGGCUGCUGCUGCUGGGACGUGCGGCUGGACCAGCCUCAGAAGAGGAGGGUGUGUGAGGUGGAGUUUGUCUUCUCCGAGGGCUCAGACGCACCAGGGCGGAGAGUGGACGGGCUGGCAUUUGUGAACGAGGAUGUCGUGGCCUCCAAGGGAAACAGCCUGGGCACCAUCUGCCUGUGGAGCUGGAGCCAGACAUGGGGGAGCCGGGGCAAGCAUUCCACGCUGGCCGUGGUGGUCCUGGCUCGGCUGCAGUGGUCAGCCACCAAGCUGGCCUACUUCUCGCUCAGCACCUGUCCCGAUGAGGGCCUCGUGCUGUGUGGGGACGAAGAGGCCAACGUGUGGGUCUAUGAUGUCAGGCACAUCCUGACCCAGCAGCCUCCACUGCCAACCGCUCCACAGGCCCCAAUGCAGAUCCUUAAGUGGCCCCAGCCCCGGGCCCUCGGCCAGAAGGUGACCAAGACCAUGGUGAACACGGUGGUGGCCAACCCUACCUUUACCUACCUCACCGCUCUGACAGACUCCAAUAUCGUGGCCAUCUGGAAGAGACAGUAGCCACAGCGGGGCCUCCUGCCUGUUGCAGACCACCAGGGACACAACUUAACUUAUUCAGCUUUGGAGCUAAUGAUAGGGAGCUUUUUAUCACUGAAUAUUUUUAUUAAACUCUUACUGUUUAAAGAAG